CGCGAGCACGAGGCAUACGAGCAAAGCACAUGAUGUCGUGUUUUUUCAAGUAAUCCAACUUGGGGCCAGGGUCCCCUCCUCGCUGCCGCAGAUGUGAGCGUUAGCUGGACGGAUGUGUCCAGGAUGCCGUACGCCGUCGGGGAGACGUCCGCUGGCAUUCUCAAGGGCGCCAAGGGCGAGCCUCUGCUGCUAGUGAUGGGAUUCAAUAUUAAUGACGGAAGAGCGUCCCAGGCCACCAUGGUGCUGGAUAUCAAUGCCAACGUGUGGUCCAUUAAGGCCCAGCGUCCGUUCGUGGGACACCACAUGGCGGCAGCGACGUACGGCAACAAGCUCUACCUCAUUGGCGGUUAUCUGAACGGAACCACAGAGAACAUGCAAAUCUACAAUCCUGUACAAGAUAAAUGGGCCGUCGGGCCGAAACCGCCAUUCAAGACUUCUGCUGCUGUUGCCGUGGCUGUCGGAGACACCAUCUACUACUGCGGAGGCGUCGAUGGGGGCAACAGUCGAUCCGGCAAACCGAUCAAUAAGUGCGCGAAAUUCCACGUGCCGUCCAACACGUGGUUGCCCAUGGCCUACAUGCCUCACGCCGUACACCACGCCUCCGCUGCCACGGACGGCAAGCUGUUUUACGUGUUCGCCGGGCGCGAGAGCAUAGCUGGCACGGCUAGAAAUCCCGUGAACUACACGCAGAUCUACGACCCUAAAAAGAACACCUGGAAAUCCAACACAGAUGUUGGUGGUCCUGCCGCUACACCAGUUGGCCGUGGCGGCAUGGGUGGCGCCGCUUAUUACGAGGGAUACUUCUACCUCAUAGGUGGUGAGGUCAGGUGUGGUGCCACGUGGAUGGGCACGUGCCCCAACAACAAGCUCACUCUUGGUCCUCUGGGGGUCUUCAAUCGCAUUGACAGGUACAACCCCCGCACCAACACGUGGGACAGGGGUCUGCCGGGUAUGUCUCUUGCACGUCAUGGCGCAUUCCCGGUGGUAGGUCCAAGACCCAAGGGCAAGCCUGGUACAGGCGACGUGGUGUUCGUGUGUGCUGGAGGUAUCAAGCAAAGCUACAGCGAGGAUACCCUAUGCACGUACAUGGAUGCCAUGUGA